AAACGUAGGGCCUUCUCCAUUAGUGUAUAAAGUACUCAUUUCUAACUUUUUAAUAUAUCUUUGUGCCAAACCACAUUAUGACCUCAAAACUACUUCCUCUCCUCCUCAAUCUCAUCUUCCUCUUCUUCUUUCCCCUUCUAAACGCAUCCGAACAAAAACCUUGCUACAGUUUCUCAUGUAGUCAAGAGAGCGUCGUUGCUCGUUUCCCUUUCUCCCUAUUCUCCUAUCAACCUGAGUCAUGCGGCUACUCAGGAUUCAACCUCAUAUGCAAAGAUGAUGCCAAUACUACCUUAAAGCUUCCUAAGUCUGAACCCUUUCUUGUUAAGGAGAUCGACUAUGAAACACAGCGUAUUCGCCUCAACGACCCUGAGAAUUGUUUGGCCAGACGACUUCUUAACUUUGACCCUUCAGGAUCUCCUUUUUCUUUUCUUCGCUCUCGUAACUACACGUUCUUGAUCUGUCCUAAGGAAGCGAACAUCACUGCAUCCUUCAGAGCUAUCGAUUGCCUUGGUAAUACCACUUCCUCCUUCUUUGUUGUGCAGUUUGAGAAUCUCGGUUCGAUGCCAUCUUCUUGUCACAUCUUUAAGAUAUUACCUCUUCCAUUUUCUUGGUUUGUCGCCUACACGACAUACCCUGAUGGCCAAAACAGUCGAGACAUGUGGCUCAAAUGGGACUCGCCGGAUUGUAGAGAUUGUGAGAGGAGAACUAAUUCAAGAUGUGGAUUCAAAAACAAUACUUCCCAUCAAGUCGAAUGCUUCAGUUCUGUUAACCCUGGACUUCACAACACAGGCUUACAAGUACUAAAGAUAAUGUGCCUCUCCCUAGUCGGACCACUCACCGCCUUGACUUUUUGUGUCGGUCUUGUCAUGUGCAGUUCCGAGAGAGUCUCUUCACAGAUACAACAAGCAGUGGUUGCACGCCUUUCUGGAUCCGUAACGUCGCAGCCAAGCAACGAAGUCGCAAGGAUAGGUCUCGAUGAGUCUACAAUUGAGUCAUACAAGAAAGUUGAGCUAGGGGAGAGUAGGAGACUCCCGACCGGGUCAAAUGAUGUUGUUUGUCCCAUUUGUUUGUCGGAAUAUGCAACCAAAGAAACUGUUAGGUGUUUACCUGAAUGUGAACAUUGCUUCCAUACUGAAUGUAUUGAUGCGUGGCUCAAGUUGCAUAGUUCCUGCCCGGUUUGUCGGAGUAAUCCAUCUCCUUUGCGCGAUUGAUUGCUUUGAAUAGUCUUGUAGCGUUUGUAUGUAAUUUGGAAUUUGGAUCUCUCCAUAAAUGCAUUACAAACUGUGUC